AUGUCAGACAAUCAGAGUUGGAAUUCCUCAGGCUCUGAAGGGGACCCCGAGACUGAACUUGGGCUGCCUGUUGAGCUCUGCGGGGUGCUCAGCAAGUGGACCAACUACAUUCACGGGUGGCAGGAUCGAUGGGUAGUUCUGAAAACCAACACGCUCAGUUAUUACAAGUCUGAAGAUGAAACAGAGUAUGGCUGCAGAGGCUCAAUUUGUCUGAGCAAGGCUGCGAUGACACCACAUGACUUUGAUGAAUGUAGAUUUGAUAUCAGCGUAAAUGAUAGUGUUUGGUACCUCCGAGCUCAGGACCCAGGCCACAGACAACAGUGGGUAGAUGCAAUAGAACAACACAAGACUGAAUCUGGCUAUGGAUCAGAGUCAAGUUUACGACAUCAUGGCUCCGUGGUGUCUCUUGUUUCUGGAGCAAGUGGAUACUCUGCAACAUCCACUUCUUCGUUCAAGAAGGGCCAUAGCUUACGUGAGAAGCUUGCUGAAAUGGAAACCUUUAGAGACAUCUUGUGUAGACAAAUUGAUACUUUACAGAAAUACUUUGAUGCCUGUGCAGAUGCAGUUUCUAAAGAUGACCUCCAGAGAGAUAAAGUGGUGGAAGAUAAUGAAGAUGAUUUCCCUAUGAUGUGCUCUGAUGGGGAUUUUCUACAUAACAGUAACAGCAGUAAGGAAAAAUUGUUUCCCCAUGUGACACCCAAAGGAAUUAAUGGCAUAGACUUUAAAGGAGAAGCUCUAACUUUCAAGGCAACUACUGCUGGAAUCCUUGCUACACUCUCUCAUUGUAUUGAACUCACAGUAAAACGUGAAGAAAGCUGGCAAAAAAGGCUAGAUAAGGACAUGGAGAAGAGGAGAAGAAUAGAAGAAGCAUACAAAAAUGCUUUGACAGAACUGAAGAAAAAGUCCCACUUUGGAGGGCCGGACUACGAGGAGGGUCCUAAUAGUCUGAUUAAUGAAGAAGAAUUCUUUGAUGCUGUUGAAGCUGCUCUCGAUAGACAGGAUAAAAUGGAAGAACGGUCUCAAAGUGAAAAGGUCAGAUUACACUGGCCAAUAUCCUUACCUUCUGGAUAUGCAUAUUCUGCUGUGGAGGCUCAUCGAUUUGUUCAAAAGCACUUCAGUCGCUCUUCUUCCAUGUCUUCCAUUGAUCUAGUCAGUGCCUCUGAUGUUCACAGAUUCAGCACCCAGGUAGAAGAGAUGGUACAAAACCAUAUCACUUAUUCCUUACAAGAUGUUGGAGGAGAUGCCAAUUGGCAGCUAGUGGUAGAAGAAGGAGAAAUGAAGGUAUACAGAAGAGAGGUGGAAGAGAAUGGAAUAGUUUUAGAUCCUUUGAAGGCAACACAUGCUGUUAAAGGGGUAACAGGACAUGAAGUUUGCCACUACUUCUGGAAUGUCGAUGUUCGUAAUGACUGGGAAACAACAAUUGAAAACUUCCAUGUUGUGGAAAACUUAGCCGAUAAUGCAGUCAUCAUUUACCAGACACAUAAGAGGGUGUGGCCAGCUUCUCAAAGGGAUGUGCUAUAUUUGUCUGCCAUCAGAAAGAUAACAGCAUUCAGUGAAAAUGAUCCUGAAACGUGGAUUGUAUGUAAUUUCUCUGUGGAACAUGACAGUGCUCCUCUGAACAACUGCUGUGUCCGUGCCAAAAUAAAUAUCGCUAUGAUUUGUCAAACACUAGUAAGCCCACCAGAGGGGAACAAGGAAAUAAGCAGGGACAAUAUCCUGUGCAAGAUUACAUAUGUAGCUAAUGUGAAUCCAGGAGGAUGGGCACCAGCAUCAGUGUUACGGGCAGUGGCAAAACGGGAAUAUCCCAAAUUCUUGAAGCGUUUUACAUCAUAUGUGCAAGAGAAAACAGCAGGAAAGUCUAUUUUAUUCUAG